GGGCGGCUCCUGGUGUUGGAAGUGGAGAGAUACCAAUAUUUUAGCCAGUUUCAACUAAUAAAAAAAAUCAUACACGAGAGAGGUGGCGUAGUAUAUUUUAAUGAAAGCUUUAUGUGUUUGUUUUUAUCUUAUAAAAUCCAAUAGAAGAGAGGGGGGACAAGGAUGGGAGGAGGAGGAGGAGGAGAGGGAGGGAGGAGGCAGGAGGAGCGAAGGGAUUCGAGAAAGGGGACAUGUCCCCCUCCAAAAGAAAUAUUGCAGUAAAAGCAAGAAGAAUGCAACAUCUUUGAGGACUUGCAAUCUCUGCGGAACUGAGAGAUGCCUCUUGAUAAUGUAAAUGCUUUUGACACCCAAUACUUCAGCAACAAAGAUUCAGAGCAUAGUUCAGUGACUUCAGUCCGUUCAACAUCAAAUUGUGUUGAUAAUUGUCCAUCCUUGUUGAAUCAAAGUGGCUCGCGCUUUCCACAAUCAACAUAUUUCAAUAACUUCUACAUGAAUAUGGGUUCCCUGGCACAACCUGAUAAUCAGAUGAAGCAACUGGGUGGUCAAAUGCCUGACCAGGACUCAUCCUCGACUCAGUCAACCGGUCAAUCACACCAAGAAGUGUCUGGAACAAGUGAAGGCAACCUUCAUGAGCAAAGUAUUUCAGCACAAGCUGGUAAUGAUAAGAGAUGUGGAAAGCAGGUUGAGGGUCAGGUGAACUCAGUUUUAUUCCUAGGGACUCCAGAAGCUGCCUUUGUAUCUCCAAGACUUGAUUAUGGCCAGUCUUUUGCUUGUGUCCCUUACACCUAUGCUGAUCCAAGCUUUGGCGGUGUGCUGGCUGCAUAUGGGUCACCUGCUAUAAUUCAUCCUCAAAUGGUGGGAAUGGCCCCUUGUUCUCGUGUUCCACUGCCUCUUGAACCUGCUGCAGAGGAACCCAUCUACGUCAAUGCAAAACAAUACCGUGCAAUACUCCGAAGGAGGCAGCUGCGUGCAAAGUUGGAGGCUCAAAAUAAGCUCAUCAAAGUUCGAAAGCCAUACCUUCACGAGUCUCGGCAUCUUCAUGCAAUGAAAAGAGCAAGGGGAUCCGGCGGCCGCUUCCUAAAUACAAAGCAGCAGCAACAGCCCCCGCCGCCCCCGCCUUCGCCUUCUAUUAGCAGAGGUUUGGGGAUUCUCUCAGCCUCUAAUCUCGACUCUGAAAAUGGUCCCAUUGGUUCAUCUGCUGCUCCUACCAGCUCUGAUGUCGCAAGAGUUUCCACCAGCGGAGGAAUGUUAGAACAGCAGGAUCACCUCAGCUUCUUGUCUGCUGAUUUCCACUCCCACGUCAGGAGUACUCAAGGUGGAGGUGACAUAAUAGAGAACGGGUCCCAACCUCGGAUCACCAUCAUGCGGUAAAACAUGGGGAAUCGGCCUGAUGGUGUUUCCCUGGCAAUUCAUCCUUGGCUUAUGGUAUUUCGUCAGAAAUGCUUCAUUUUCAUAUGGUAGCAAGACUUGAUAGGACUCAAAAUGAACAUUCAAAUUGUAAUAUAAGUGCUUGACACCUUGUUUUGGAUAUGUUUAUGGAUAAAUAGAUAGAGUAACGACAUGUGGAGUUGUAUCCUCUAGCAACUAGAUCUGCUCUCGAGGACUUGAUUGGAGGGCGAGAAUUUCAAGUUAAGAUCUUUUGGGGGAA